AGGCGCACAGAAGCAGCAAGAAAUCUCACGCCUUCUGUGGUCUAAAGCCAACUGCUAGUGACAAACCACCAAGACCAACAGAUCUUGAGCCUUGUAAACAGAAGAUUUAACCAGGCAAGGAGGUCUUAUACCUGCAACAAUGAUAAAAGUACAGCUCAUAAGCACCCUAAUUUACAAGUGUCAACUACUUGCUCUGGUUCUUAUGGUGGCAUCGACUGCUGUGAUAAGAAGGAAUACAUCAGAGAUAAUCUGUCAUUUAACCACGCGAAACAGUACAGCUGCAAGAGAGUCAGAUGUAUCGUCUUUCCAAAAGAUACCAAAAAAUGCUUACUAUUUCCGGUGUUCCCUGAAUUCUCAAGGCAUUGGGAAUGUCUAUAAAGCAGCAGAAAGUGUGGAAGUUGAUGUGCUUGAAAGUGUUGAAAUAAAAGCAGAAAUGAAUAUCACGGGCAGCAUCACCUGUCUUUGGAUUUUCAGAGAAAUCCAGAAUGGCUGUAACAUGUCUCUGAAUUCAGACAAUCGGCAUGUUCUUUCUAUUGUGUUUCCAAAGAUCAGAGAGACAGAAGCUGGAAAUCAUUCACUGUCAAUACAAACUGAAACGAAUAACUACACAGUCAUAUUUACAUUUCUUGUGAGACGCACCCCAAGGAAACCAUAUUUCAUCAAAAAUGAACGUACCGACACUGUCAGUUGCAUAUCAGAAGGAUACCCCAAACCAGUUAUAAAAUGGUUUUUUUGUAAUGGCCCUGAUGAAAGCUGUGGAACAUACAUUUUCUCCCCAAAUGAAGAUCUGCAUGGAAUAAAGAAGGAACAAGUUAAUCUAAAACAAGACAGCCUGACAUAUUAUGCACAUGUGUGGUGCUGUGCAGCUAAUGAGCUUGGUCGGAAAUGCACUAAACUCUACACAAUAGAUCGAAAUGUAUCAUCAAGAAACUCUGUACAAGAAUUAUUUCUUAAAGUUGGAGAUCCACUACUCUUACGCUGUCGAGCCAAGUAUUCCAAUUUUGACUUUGAAAAUAAGUGGUAUUUUGAAAACAAGAAAUUAAUGAAGAACAUGUUGCUUGAAGGCAGACUGAAUAAUGGCUCAUAUUGGAUUAAGAAUCAAUAUGCAUUUGCUUUGUCGGUGGAACAUUCUAAUGGGGGACGGUAUACCUGUUAUUCUGAAAAACUUGCUAUGAAUCAAAGCAUUUUGGUUACAGUUUUAGAUAAAGGAUUUAUCAAUAUCACUGACUUCACAGAAGAGUUGGAGGUUGGCAUAGAGGAAACAACUUGCCUUGAAGUUAAAUUGAAAGCAUACCCACCAAUCACAUGUAUUUGGAUAUUUUCCCAAAUGUCAUUUCCUUGUAAGCAAAAUUACACCGAUGAUUACAGCAUCUCCGCAGUAUUCUGUGACCAUAAAUACCAAGCAGGUGAAUAUGAGUUCUAUGCAGAAAAUAGUGAUUCGUUUGUGAAGAGAAAAUUAAAACUCUAUGUUAAAAGAAAACCAGAAGUAAAUAUGAUUUCAACACCAAAUGCACAAGACACAAUUUCUUGCAUCUCUGAGAGCAAUCCUGCAUCAUCCUGGGUCUGGAGGGAGUGUCCUAGAAAGGAUAUAAAUUGUACAGAAAUCACGACUGGAAUUACAAAUGACAUCCGUAAAGGAAAGACCUUUGGUUCCUGGAGCACAACAAGCACUUUACGCACAAGUGAAGUAGAAGAUGGCUUUUGGCUUGAGUGUUGUGCAAACAAUUCAUUUGGUCAAUCCUGUCAAACACACACCGUUGACCUUAAAGUAUUUGCUCCACCUGAUAAUAUGGCAUUAUAUGGAGUUAUUGGAUUCUGCGUACCACUCAUCAUGGCACUGUGCUUAUUAAUUUGCCAGAAAUACAGAAAGCAAGUUAGGUACGAGAGCCAGCUACAAAUGAUUCAGAUGGUUGGCCCUUCUGACAAUGAAUAUAUCUAUGUUGAUUUCAAUGAGGUUGAAUAUGAUCUGAAGUGGGAGUUCCCCAGAGAGAACCUGGAAUUUGGGCAAGUACUUGGAUCUGGUGCCUUUGGGAAAGUGGUGAAUGCUGUUGCAUAUGGGAUCAGUGAAACAGGAGUGUCAGUCCAGGUUGCUGUCAAAAUGCUCAAAGAAAAAUAUGGUUCCUCUGAGAAAGAUGCUCUCAUGUCCGAACUCAAAAUGAUGAUCCAUAUUGGGAAACAUGAAAACAUUGUGAAUCUCUUAGGAGCUUGCACCAUGUCAGGGCCGAUUUAUCUGAUUUUUGAAUACUGUUGCUAUGGAGAUCUUUUGAACUACCUACGAAGCAAAAGGGAUAUGUUUCACAAGACGUGGACUGAUAUCUUCAGAGAACCUAACUUCAGUUUUUACCAGAGUUUUCCAGGUCAUACAAACUCCAGAAAUAAAAAUCCAAUAACAAAUGGAUCAUACAUACCAGCAGAUGACAUUGGAAACACUGAUGUAAAACAAAGCUUGGAUUUCACCUCUAAACUGGCUACAGUUGGUCUCCUUUCAGAGGAAGAAGAAAUGAAAUACGUGAACAGGAGACUGGAUGAUGAAGAGGACCUUAAUGUCCUGACUUUUGAAGACCUUCUGUGCUUCUCUUAUCAAGUUGCCAAAGGAAUGGAGUUUCUAGAGUCAAAAUCAUGUGUUCACAGGGACCUUGCAGCCAGAAAUGUGCUGGUCACACUUGGAAAAGUGGCAAAAAUCUGUGACUUUGGUCUUGCCAGGGAUAUAGUGAAUGACUCCAACUAUGUUGUCAGAGGGAAUGCCCGCUUACCUGUCAAAUGGAUGUCACCUGAAAGCUUAUUUGAAGGAAUAUACACAAUCAAGAGCGAUAUUUGGUCUUAUGGAAUCUUACUAUGGGAAAUUUUUUCUCUUGGUGUCAAUCCUUACCCUGGAAUACAAGUAGAUGCAAAUUUCUACAAGCUGAUUCGAAGCGGCUUUAAAAUGGAAUGCCCAUUUUAUGCUACAGAAGAAAUAUACUUAGUCCUCUGUUCCUGCUGGGCCCUGGACUCCCGAAAAAGGCCAUCCUUUUCACAGCUGCUUUCCCUUCUGGCAUGCCAGCUGGCGGAGGCAGAAGGAACGGGGAGCUACAGAUCUGGCACAAUCCCCAGCUGUUCGGAGAAAGAACACAUAGAAGACAUGAUUCAGGGAGACACGCAAUAGCAGGAUGAGCAAAGUUUCUGAACAGACUUCCAGUUCCAAAAAAAGUCCAAGGGAAGUCCAAGAUGAUGCUGCACAAGAAAAAUAAAAGAAUUAUAUUAUUUCAUAGAAAAAAAGACAUGUACUUAAAAGACCUCCACCUCCACAGAAGAAGCUAGAUGUGCAGCUGUAACCAAUUGAAUUUCUUAUGCUCAGUUCCAAGCAGUCUUUGAAUGGAAGAUAAAAUUAACCACCUUUUCAAAUUCUGUAGCAAGUCAAAGAGGCACAGUUUUUACAAACAUUAUUUUGAACCAGUGGUUCACUGGCAUGUGUACAACCUCCAUGCACUACUUGUAAGAAAUUAAGCUCUUCUAUUUAAAGCUAGUUAACUGAAGCCAUAUGCUCCCAUUCUUUUUUGUGCCAACAGUUUAAAAUAUUGCUUCCCAAUAUGAACAUACAGUGACACAAUUUUAAACUAGAGCAUCCUCUAACCCUUGAGCCAACAUGGCAUGAUUGACAAUAGCAUUACUGUAAAAUAGACAUUGGGGUAGAUCUUUAUGGAAAUUGUGAUGCUUAGAAGAUGUUUUACAGAACCAAGUCCUUCCUACACAUUGCUUUUAUGCUAUUUCAUAGCAAGACAGAUGACAGAGAAGAUAGUUAUCACAAACAGAAUAGUAUAGUAAUCCCCUGGAAAUAAACAAAGUACUGUACUAGACAAAACCCAGCUCCCUAAGACAUUCCUCAUAAAACUUGGUUUCCAGACCUUUGAUCAUCUUAGUCACAAAGAGAAUAACUUAUCUUGAUCAUCUUGGUCACUAAGAGAAUAACUUCUGUUAAAGACCAAGAAGAUCAAAAGUAUGGAAACAAAGUCUUAGGAGGAACAACUUCCGGAGUUGGGUGUGCUGUGUUGGCCAGAUAAUGGGAGAUCCCAUUAUCUCAGACACAGGGAACUGGAAAUGCUUACCUUGGAGAAGAGAAGACUGAUAGGUAACAUGAAGGCCACUUUUUAGAGACAAAGAUGAUCAAAGGCCUGGAAACCAAAUUUUAUGAGGAACAACUCAGAGAGCUUGGUACGUUUAGCUUGGAAACAAGAAGACCAGGAGUAGACAUUACAGCCAUCUUUAAUCUUAGAGAACAACACAGAGGAGCCAAAUGAGGAAUGUGAAAAAGCAACCUGUAGAACAUAGUGAAGUACUUACUAGGUGCUUGGCAUUUCUAAAUGAUGAUCUCAACUAUGAUUACGCCUAUAUCAUUGGGCUAUAGCUCUUCCCCAGUUGAGUCAACCAAUCCUAACUCUUUAGAAUCUGUUGUUCACCCUUCAGACUGAGGCCAGUCUUUAGCAUUGAUAAUAUAUGACUUCUGAUAAUCUUUCAGUAUUCAUACAUUUCCUGAUUGUUCAGUCAGUAUUUCAUCAAUGUUAUUUGGUAUUUUAUUCAUAUUGAUAUCUGAUUUCACUAUUAUUGCUCAUUGACAUGCCUACUAUCUGAUCUUUAAGCUCAGUAUUAGGUGAUCUGCAACUUUUGUAUUUAUUUCAAGGAUUUUUUAUAUUUGAUAGCUAAUGUAUGAUAAUAUUCAAUAGUAGACACACAAUGUGUUGUAUUUUCAUUAUGUUUUAACUGUAAAACCAUUGUUAUUUGAAGUGGCAUGUAUUCAGGAUGUGACUGCACAGCUUAUAAGGAUAUUUCAAGCAAAGCAAUGCAAGUUUGCCAUUGUAAUAUGUUUUGAAUUUGACCAAUUUUAAAUUUGGGUGAAACAUAGUAAUUAUUUGAUCUAAAAUGGGAGCACAGGGAUUUUUUGACUUUUUUUUCUUUCUGCAUAAGAGUAGCAAAAGUAUUUCUCAGUUGCCUAGCAGAAGCCAUGCAAACAUGCAGUCUUCUGAGUAUCUUGUGGCUAAUUCUUAUGCCUUACCUUUUGCUGAUGCUGUAACUAUGAUGGAGUACAAAUGAGUGUCCCCAUUUUCAUAAGAAAUUCCAGUUGAAUAUUGCAUGAAUGCAAAUGGUGGUGUGCAAAUUGUACAUGAAGGUGUUUAGUGAAGCCUUUGUACAUCUUUGCUGAGAAGCUUCAUACUACUAAAAAGUAUAUCUAUAUUGGUUUUUUGAUGGUUUAAUGGCAUUUUUAACUUUUGUAUGCUGUGAAUUGAACUAUGGCUCUGUAAAAUAGGAUUUGCAUCCUUGUCAGCUAUGAAACCAUUGGGUGACCUUAGACAAGUCACAUUCUCUCAGUCUUAGAAGAAUGCAAUGGCAAACUCUUCUUAACAAAUCUUGCCAAGAAAACUAUGUGGUAGGUUUGUUUUAGGGUCAUCAUAAGUUGGAAAAAAAACCGUUGCUGCACACAGCAACAACAAUUUGGUUUUAAUUGGUGUAAGCCUCCUUAAAUCUCCACAUAAGGAAAAGGAGGGAUAAGAAUGAAUACAAUACAUAAAUAGUACCUACAGAACCCUUGAAUUUAUAGUUGGUAAGAUACUUAGAAUUCCCUGCUGUAAUUCAGAUAUCUGCACUGGAGUUUCCUAUCAAAGAAUUCUAAGUACUUCAUUGAACUACAGAUCCCAGGAAUCUAUGAAAUGGAGCCAUAGCAGGAAAAGUGUUAUUAAGCUGCUGUGACUGUGUAGUAUAGAUGUAAGAGAUACAGAGGCAAUGCAGGCAGCCUGCAUUCAGAAAUCUGCACAGUGCUGACUGUAUUCCCGCCUGAAUUUGGGCUUCUUUUGAUUAUCAUGAUAUGAUUGAUGAUUGCAUAGCUUGGGAACUUUGUAUAAAUCAGAAGAACAUGCUGCCCUUUAUGAAAGAAUGGGUGACAUUCACAGCGUGGUCUCUUGCAAGUUAUACUGAAGGCUUUUGGAACUAUUCACUCUUAUUCUUCAUGGAUGAUAAUAUUUUAAUAACCUUUACUUUUAAUUGUUUGAAGAAGGGUUUUUUUAUGUCAGGAGCAACUUGAGAAACUGCAAGUUGCUUCUGAUGUGAGAGAAUUGGCCAUCUGCAAGGACGUUGCCCAGGGGAUGCACUGAUGCUUUGAUGUUUUUACCAUCCUUGUGGGAGGCUUCUCUCAUGUCCCCACAUGGGGAGCUGAAGCUGACAAAGGGAGCUCAUCUGUGCUCUCCCCGGAUUCAAACCAGCAACCUUCAGGUCAGCAACCCAACUUGCCGGCACAAGGAUUUUACUCACUGUGCCACAAUGAAGGCUGGCACAAUCUAUGGCUCGCAGAUUGCAAGUGGCCCUAGACUUGUUCCAUACAUCCCCUGCAACACAAAACCUUCUGGCCACAAAAUAAUUCUACAAAUACAUAUUCCACGGGGUGGUGUCAGUGUUUCUAUGCUACUAAUGCCAUCAGUGUGACAAGGAAUUUGCUGCAGGUUUUUGCCUGAAAGAAUUUUCCAAGGCACUGAAUCUAUUUGGAGGACAGGGUUCAGCACUUUGGAGAGUUCCUUCCAAAUUCAACUGAUCUGGAGUUCUCAGGAAAGAAAAUAUGUUUUUAAUUGUAUGUGUUUUAACUAGUUUUUCUACAGGCCCUUUUAAACAGCUAUAUAACCCAGAAUAUCACGUCAGAAAAUCCCACAAUAUCUGCUUUGAACUGGGUUAUCUGAGUUCACACUGCCAUAUAUUCCAGUUCAAUGUAGAUAAUGUGGGAUUUUAUUCAGCUGUGUGGAAGGGGCCUACUUUAAGAACCAGUUUGGGGAAAGGGGACAAUAUUAAGUAAGGAAGGAAGGAAGGAUAUAGAUAGAUAUGGAUGGAACACAUAUGUGCUGCAUAUAGCUUACCACCCUAACAAUGACCUUUAUCUGGAAUGAAAGUAUAAAGUGGGAUGGAAGUUGUGCAUAUCAUUGGGUUGCUGACCUGAAGGUUGCUGGUUCGAAUUCAGGGAGAGCACGGAUGAACUCCCUCUGUUAGCUCCCGCUCCCCAUGCGGGGACAUGAGAGAAGCUUCCUACAAAGUUGGUAAAUCAUCUGGGCAAUGUCCUUGCAGACGACCAAUUCUCCCACAACAGAAGUGAUUUGCACUUUCUCAAGUUGCUCCUGACACGAAAAAACCCUUCAAACAAUUAAAAGUAAAGGUUUUUAAAAUAUUAUCAUGUGAGUAUGAGAAUGUAGGAAAUGGGGACACGUGAAUAUGAUAAUGUAGGAAAAAGUGACCUUUUCUGGGAAAGUGUGCCAGGUGGAGUUGCCUAUGUGUUUGUGGCAGGUUAGGGUAGUUUUAAAAAAUGGAAAGAAAGUGUUUGACUGAAGUGUGGGAGAGAUGCAUGGGUGUGUCCUGGACACAAAACCUAUGUCUUUGCAGCUUAUAUAUGUAUAGACCAUACACCCCUAUAAAACAGUGGUCUCAGAUCUUAGGCCAAAAAGAUUGUCCUCUUGUAUUUCUUUGUUCUUUCAAAAUGCAUAUUUUUACAUUAGUUUUUCAUCUUGCUAACAUUGCUCUGAUUGAUAUUAUUGUUGAAUUUCUGCAUGCUGCUGUUAAUGUUUUGAUACAAUUUUUUAGAGAGAGAAAAUCAAUUUGAUGUUAAAUAUACUGUUUUAAAAUGUAUUACUUUUAUCGUAAAGUAGCCAUACUUUUCACUGCCAAAUGGAAUGCCUUCCACGAUGUACUUUGUUAUUUUUCCUGAUAAAAAUAUAUUCAAAAUAAAGAUGUGAUUUUUCAGA